AUGGAUCCGGGGGCGGUGUUCGCGGACGUAUACUUAUGUAUCUUCCUCGUGUUCCUUGUUCUGCUGUUCGUAAUGAUUUUCUGCACACUCUGCUGCGGAGAAUCAGACGAAGAGGACAACGUGGUCGCACGCCAAAGGGCCGAGCGGGUGGCGGCAUAUGCACGGGCGAUGGUGGAGCUGAGGCCGGUGCGGCAGCACCUGGCCCCGGUGGAGCGCAGGCCGCCGGCGGCACCGGCCGUGAAGCUGGGGUACUUCCCGUACUCCAUGGAGGGCAGGAGUGCGUCGGAGAAGCUGGUGUGCGCGAUUUGCCUCGAGGUGUUCGUCCACGAGGACAUCUGCAGCGAGGUGCCGACGUGCCGGCACGUGUUCCAUCGGGACUGCAUCGACGCGUGGACGAAGUGCAACACUACCUGCCCGCUAUGCAGAGUUAAUGUUAGUAUCGUGAUUGGAUUAAAAAAAAGCUGUGCUGCAUCUUCAGUGCCGACCCGCAAAGCGGACAACGCAUCUGUCCGCGGACCGGGCAAACCAGUCCUCGAAUACUGA